AUGGCUGCUUUGAACAAGGAAAUGAUGCUACUCGUGAUCCAGUAUCUCGGUGACGAGAACUUGAAGGAAACCAUGCACAAGAUGGAGCAAGAAUCUGGUCUGUUCUUCAAUUUGAAGUAUUUUGAAGAGAAAAUCGUUGCUGGAGAAUUGGACGAAGCUGAGAACUACCUCGGGGGCUUCACGAAAAUCAGUGAAAGCCGUAACUCUAUGAAAAUGUUCUUUGAGAUCAGGAAGCAAAAGUACUUUGAAGCCUUGGACAGGCAUGACAAAGCGACGGCUGUUGAUAUUCUGGUGAAAGAUUUGAAAAUCUUCUCAACAUCUAAUGCAGAUGUGUAUAAGGAAAUAACACAUCUUAUCACGCUUAACAACUUUAGGGAGAAUGAACAGUUAUCGCGGUAUGGAGAUACUAAAUCAACCAGAACCAUGUUGAUGACUGAGCUGAAGAAAUUGAUUGAUGCUAAUCCUAGCCUCAAAGAUAAGCUUGUGUUUCCUACAGUGCACUCAUCGCGGUUGCGACAAUUGGUUAAUCAAGGUUUGAAUUGGCAGCAUCAACUGUGCAGGUAUCCGAGGCCAAAUCCGGAGAUCAAAACUUUGUUAACCGACCAUGUUUGUUUGACGCCUGGACAAAAUGAACCUUGCUCGCCUACUUCGGCUUUUCGUCCUGCUGCAUUUGGUCCAAAUCAUCUCUCUUAUGGAGUUGCACCACUUCAUCUAGUCCCUACAGUUCCUACUGCUAAUUCUGUAGCGGCAUGGUUGGCGAAUGCAAACCCUUCCUCAUCAUCCCAAUCGCCUGCUGCGGUCGCAGGUUUCUCAUUGCCUGGUCCUUCUAAUGGAGUCUCCGUUUUUAACAAUUCAAGAACGCGGACUAAUCUUACACUGGUGGAUCACCAAAGUCCCGAUCUGGAUCAACGAAUGAGAUUGUUUCCAAAUAACAACUCUUUACAGGCUGUGCAGGCCGCGUAUACCUUUACAUCUCCACCAAUGCCUAAGUGGCAUGAUGAACUUCCUAGAACCGUCUUUUGUAAGUUACAUCAGGGAUCAACUGUGACAAGCAUGGAGUUUCAUCCUUCUCGUCAUUCGAUACUAGCUGUUGGUAGUGCAAGUGGUGAAAUUUCACUUUGGGAAACAAAACAUAGAGAGAUGAUGAUAACUAAGCCUUUCAAAAUAUGGAAACUUUCUAACUGUUCGGUCCAAUUUCAGGCUGCGAGUUUUAAAGAAGUGAUGAUAUCUGUCAACCGUGUAUCAUGGAGCCCGGACGCUAGUUUUAUCGGGAUUGCUUUUGCCAAACAUUUGGUUCAUUUGUAUACGUAUCAAGUUCCUAAUGGCCUACAGCAGCAAUUGGAGAUUGAUGCUCAUGAUGGUUCUGUCAAUGACAUAGCUUUUACAUAUCCGGAAAAUCAGCUAUGCAUUGUAACUUGCGGAGAUGAUAAAUUAAUUAAGGUAUGGGAUUUGGAUGGUCAUAAGAUCCAUUGCUUUGAAGGUCAUGAAGCACCUGUUUGUUCGCUUCUUCCUCGCUCGAAGGAAAAUAUUCAGUUCUUAUUUUCGACUUCGGCUGACGGGAAAGUUAGAGCUUGGAUGUACGAUGACAAGAGUUUCCAUCUGGAGUACGACACUCCCGGAAAAUGUUCCACCACACUGAUCUAUAGUGCUGAUGGAACUAGAUUGUUUUCUUGUGGAACAAGUAAAGAUGGAGAUAACUUCUUAGUUGAGUGGAAUGAAAAUGAUGGAUCGGCAAAAAGAACAUAUUCUGGACUUACAAACAAAGCUUUCGGUACUGUGCAAUUCGAUGCUUCAAAGAAUCGGUUUCUUGCUGCUGGUGCAGACAACCAGAUCAAGUUUUGGGAUGUGGAUAGUACCAAUGUUCUGACUGAAAUAAAUGCUGAUGGUGGUCUUCCAAAUCUUCCUCGCUUGAAGUUCAAUAAGAAAGGAGAUCUGCUUGCUGUUAGUACAGCAGAUGGCGGUAUAAAAAUUCUUGCUAACACAGACGGUUUCAAAUCCAUGAGGGGCGUCGAUGCUUCUGAUCCAAAGUGUGGAGUAAAUGUUAUUAUAGCUAGAAGCAUGGAGAUUAACAGAAGCUUUGAAACCGUUCACUCUCUUCAAUGUCAAAUAGUUACUAUGUCGGAAAGAGUGGUUCCAAGUAAGAAGGCUAUUCGUCUUCUUUACACAAACGAUGGAAAGUGUCUUCUAGCUCUUGGUUCAAGAGGGAGUAAGAAGAUGUGGAAAUGGACCCCUGAUGAAUUGAAUCCUACUGGAAAGGCGACGGCAAGUGUUGUUCCUGAACAUUGGUCACCGAUUAAUGGUAUUCGUUUGACCGAUGAGUUCCCGACCACUUGUGAUUCGGAAACUCCAUGUCUGGACAUCUCAAAGAAUGAUAACUAUGCCAUUGCUUCAUAUGGAGGAGAAGUUGCAUUGUUCAACAUGGUGUCUUUUAAGGUUUUGUGUCGUUUUGAGGGACCUCCGCCAUCUGCAACGUUUCUCGCAUUUAAUCCUCAAGACAAUAACAUCGUCGCAGUUGGAAUGGAAAAUUCGGAUAUUCAUAUUUUUAAUGUUAGGUCCGAUGAGCGUAUAUCUAUAUUGAAGGGUCACUUUAAGCACAUUACUGGUAUAGCUUUUUCGCAUCAACUGAAUAUAAUGGUUUCUUCGGGCGCUGAUGCUAAGGUUGUCACAUGGUUCACAAGGCCAUGGUUUAAGAAGAAAUCGGUGAUCCUCCAAAGGCCGGGUGGUGGACAAUCACGUUUAGGCGAGACUAAAGUUCAAUUUCACAUUGAUCAAACAAUGUUGCUGGUAUACCAUGACUCACAGAUAGCAAUAUAUGAUGCCUCGAAAAUGGAAUUGAUUAUCCAGUGGCCACCACAAGAUGGAUUGUCUGGUACCAUAACCUCUGCAGCAUACAACUGCAAUGGACAAAUAAUUUAUGCUACUUUCAGUGAUGGAAAUAUUGGAAUAUUUGGUGCUGAAAAUCUCCAACUAAGAUAUCGUAUCGAUUCAUCUGCAUACCUAUACCAGACUACAUCAACCAGCCAAAAUAUAUAUCCUAUUGUUGUCACAGCACAUCCAGAAAAGCCGUAUCAAUUUGCAAUUGGACUGAAUGAUGGGUAUGUGAAGGUUAUAGAGCCUAUCGACUCAGCAGGAUGGUUGAAACAGAAAGUGCCAACUGUUAAAAUGGAUAUCAUCUGA